AUGGAACUUCUCUGGACGCCGCUGCUGCUGGUGGUUGUUUGCCUCUCUGAGGUCCUUGGCUCGCCAGGGACAGAAGCUGGCGUUAACAUUUCCCGACCUGUGCACAUCUUGGAGGACCAAAGCUUAAUGGUGCUGACUCCUGCAGGCCUGAUACAGACACUGAAUGAGACGCGCUUCCUAAUGGUGAUUUUCCACGAUCCAUCCUCGAAACAGUCCAGGAAGCUGGCCGAGGAGCUAGGCCGAGCCGCAGAAAUCUUCGGCAAGGGCAAGAACGGCUUGGGCUUUGGCAAAGUGGACAUCACUGUGCAGCUGGAGCUUAAGGAGGAGUUUGACAUCAAGCAGGCCCCGGAGUUGAAGCUGUUUGUUGAGGGCAACAGGUCCAGCCCCACCAGCUGCAAAGACGUGGUUGAAUCUACAGCUUUGGUUGUUUGGUUGAGAAGACAAUUUCUCCACAGAGCCCGUUUGUUCAACAACAGUGAGGAAGUGGCAGAUUUUGUGAAAUCCAGGCCCUUGGUCAUCGUAGGCUUCUUCCAGGAUUUAGAGGAAGAAGUGGCGGAAUUGUUUUAUGACAUGAUCAAGGACUUUCCAGAGCUGACAUUUGGAAUGAUAGAAAUCAAAAAUGCCAUUGGGCGUUUCCAUGUGAUCCUUGACAGCGUCUUAGUGUUCAAAAAGGGAAAAGUUGUGAAGCGCCAAGAGCUCAUUAAUGACAACACCAACAAAGACUAUCUCAAUCAGGUCGUGAAACAGCAGCUUACAGGCUCUGUGAUUGAAUUCAACCCUGAGAAUAAGGAUCUGAUUUAUGAACUCAGCAUCUCGAAUCACAUGUUGCUCUUUAUCUCCAAAAACUCAGAGCCAUACAGCAUCAUAAUCCGGCAUUACAGGCUGGUUUCGAAGGAAUUCCAGAACAAGAUUCUUUUUAUCCUUGUGAAUGCGGAUGAACCCAAAAACAAACGUGUCUUCGAAUACUUCCGGAUCGCAACAGUCAAUGUCCCAUCUGUUCAAAUCCUGAACAUAAGCUCUGAUACAAGGUACAAAAUGCCCACAGAUGACAUAACCUUUGAAAGCCUCAAGAAAUUCUGCCAGAGCUUCCUCAGCAAAACUGCCAAGAAACACAAAUCCAGUGAAGAUAUUCCAAAAUAUUGGGACCAGGGGCCAGUGAAGAGGCUUGUGGGGAAGAACUUCAAUGUGGUUGUCUUGGAUAAGGAGAAGGAUGUGUUUGUGAUGUUCUAUGCACCCUGGUCUGAGAAGUGCAAGGCACUGUUACCGCUGCUAGAAGAGUUGGGUAUAAAAUAUCAGAACCACUCCACUGUCAUCAUUGCCAAGAUUGACAUAACAGCAAAUGACAUUGAGCUGGAGGACCCAGAUCAGUAUCCAUUCUUCAGGCUUUUCCCCACCGACUCACAAGAGGCUGUCCCGUAUAAAGGAGAACACAGUAUGAAGGGCUUCUGUGACUUCCUGGAACACCAUGUCAGGAUUAGGAUUGAGGAAGAGGAUGAGCUGUUAUCCAUUGAGCAAAAUGAAGCAGUAGAGGAGGAAGUGAUAGCUGAGCCAGAGACCCAGCUCACAGAAAAGUUGCCCGAGCAGCAGUUGCUCAAGCUGGAGGAAGCAACCAAAGACAGGCAAGAGAAAGAGUCGCCUGUGCUGGGGAGCAUAAGCAAGGUGGCAGAACCAGCAGGAAGGAAGGAAACAGCCAAGAGGGCUGAGAAGGCAGCGCAGCCAGAGCAAUUGUCUCAACCGGUGAGGAAACGGGAAGUCAAAGAAGAACUUUAGCUUCUCAGAAGCCAGGAAAGAAGGAGCCUAA